GCCGCACGCUUCCAGGUAAAAGGCCCUCGAGCACCCCGCCGCCGGCCUCCGAGCUCCGCACCCAGGCCCACUUCCGGGGGCCGCCGCCCUUUGACCCCGGAAGUGGGCGGGAGAGGAAGCGGCUGGUGAUGCUGGAACAAACAUGGCCGCCCCGGCGCCGGUCGGCCCCUCGGGCUCCCGCUGUCCUCCGCUGGCCGCCGGCCUCCGGCUGCUGUCGCUGCUGGGGCUGGUGCCGCUGCUGGCUCAGCCCGGCCUGGGCCGCGUCCACCACCUGGCGCUCAAGGACGACGUGAGGCAUAAGGUUCAUCUGAACACCUUCGGCUUCUUCAAGGAUGGGUACAUGGUGGUCAAUGUCAGUAGCCUUUCAGUGAAUGAACCUGAAGGAGCCACAGACAAGGACACAACUAUUGGAUUCAGCCUGGACCGCACAAAAAAUGAUGGAUUUUCUUCUUAUCUGGACGAAGAUGUGAACUACUGUAUUUUAAAAAAACAGUCUCUCUCUGUCACUGUGCUGAUCCUAGACAUCUCCAGAAGUGAGGUGAAAGUGAGAUCCCCACCAGAAGCUGGUACCCAGUUACCAAGGAUCGUCUUCAGCAAGGAUGAGAAAGUCCUUGGCCAGAGCCAGGAGCCUGGCGUCGGCCCUGUUCCAGCGGGUAACCAGACUCAGCAGAAACCAGGCAGUGGAAAGUCUAAAAGAAGUACAGUGGAUUCCAAGGCAACGGGAGAAAAGUCCUUUGCUGUUCACAAUAGUGAUGGGGCAGUUUCUUUUCAGUUUUUCUUUAACAUCAGCACCGAUGACCAAGAAGGCCUCUACAGCCUUUAUUUUCACAAAUGCUCUGGAAAUGAAUUGCGGUCCAGUGACAAGCUCUCCUUCAGCCUCGAUAUUGAGAUCACGGAGAAGAACCCCGACAGCUACCUCUCGGCAGGCGAGAUCCCGCUCCCUAAAUUAUACAUCUCUAUGGCCUUUUUCUUCUUCCUUUCUGGGACCGUCUGGAUUCACAUCCUUCGAAAACGACGGAACGACGUAUUUAAAAUCCACUGGUUGAUGGCGGCCCUUCCCUUCACCAAGUCUCUUUCCCUGGUGUUCCACGCGAUCGACUAUCACUACAUCUCCUCCCAGGGCUUUCCGAUCGAGGGCUGGGCUGUCGUGUACUACAUCACUCACCUUUUGAAGGGGGCGCUGCUGUUCAUCACGAUCGCACUCAUCGGGACCGGCUGGGCUUUCAUUAAGCACAUCCUCUCUGAUAAAGAUAAGAAGAUCUUCAUGAUCGUCAUCCCACUCCAGGUCCUGGCGAACGUGGCCUACAUCAUCAUCGAGUCCACCGAGGAGGGGACGACGGAGUACGGCCUGUGGAAGGAUUCUCUGUUUCUGGUAGACCUGCUGUGCUGCGGGGCCAUCCUCUUCCCAGUGGUGUGGUCAAUCAGGCAUUUACAAGAAGCAUCAGCCACAGAUGGAAAAGGUGACAGCAUGGGACUUCUUCGGCAGAGAGCGGUCCCAUCAGCACACCAGGGCUCUCCUCCUGAGGACAACAGACUGUUGAGAAAGCACCCAUUUCUUAUCAGCAAACAUCACAAACCCUUUGACGGGAAGAGAGCCGCUGCUAUCAAUUUAGCAAAGCUGAAACUUUUCAGACACUAUUACGUCUUGAUCGUAUGUUAUAUAUACUUUACGAGGAUCAUAGCAUUCCUCCUCAAGCUCGCCGUUCCGUUCCAGUGGAAGUGGCUGUACCAGCUCCUGGACGAGACGGCCACGCUGGUGUUUUUCGUGCUGACAGGAUGUAAGUUCCGUCCGGCCUCAGACAACCCCUACCUGCAGCUGUCUCAGGACGACGACCUGGAGAUGGAGUCAGUAGUGACGACAUCGGGGGUGAUGGAGAAUGUGAAGAAAGUCAAGAAGGUGACCAACGGCUCAGUGGAGCCCCAGGGCGACUGGGAAGGCACCGCUUGACCUGACGGCGCUGGAGCGGCCUGGAGGCGGGGACUGCCGGAGAGAACAUUUAAUUUAUUCAUAGUCCUAGUGGUGAGCCGGAGCGGUGGCAUCUCCCGAGAGCGCCGCCACAGAGCACGUGGCCGGGGACGUGGGGCCACGGAAACCUGCUUUUUUACUCUCUUAUGGAAAUUGGAUCUGCGGCUGGCCAUAGGCAGCUAGGAAUCUCCUUUAAGUGGGAAUGGCUGGGGGGGGAGUGUAGACAGGAGGAUAAAAGGAAGACUCUUUUUAAGUUAUAUUUCUUUCUUUUUUUUUUUCCACUGGGAACUCUCCAGGAAUAUGGAGCCAUGCCCCCCAAGUGUGUAGCGCCAGAGACCGUGGGGGUCGCGGCAGGGGGGUGGCGGUGUGAGCCGGUCACGGCUCAGGAACGGGGUCGCGGGAACUGAGCGGGGGCUGAGUGAGGCUACAGGGACUGAGAAGGGAAAGGGAACGUAUCAUCGCAUCUUUGGGAAACAGAAAUGAAUGAAAUUAGGUUAUUUUAGGAAGCAAAGCCCAAACCCAAUUUGGUCUAUGGAGGCUGCCCCAGGAUUCCUGGCCCCGAAUGUCACCCUUGACCUUGAUCCCAGAUUCUGAAAGGGACCUGGAGCCCACAGUUCUAGACGCCCAGUGGUCUUCUUCCCAAAAGGGCUCUGUCGUCCGAGGGCUGAAGGUUACUGUCAAGAGUCACGCCUCUGGGACCGUGGAGGGAAGCGCUUUUCUUGCGUGCGGUGUAGCUGACGUGGCCUGGUGGACGGACGGGAAUGUGUUCUUCGGCCCAGAAAGCGUCAUCCAGUAGGACUUGCGCAGACAGCAGGCCCCUCUGACCGCCCAGAGCAGGACCCCCUCGGUUCCCCCUGGGCUUGUGUAAUCAGGACGUGGGGAGAAAGGGGGAGGAGUUUUCCUUAAAGGGCAGUGAGGGGGCGAAAAAGGUGGUGUUUAAACACUUCAGUGCAACCAAGUCAUCGUCAUUUAAAAGCUAUUCCUGUAAACCAGGAAGGCUUACGAACAGGGACGAAACAUCCCCUGCUUGUAUCCCAGGAGUGUGUGCGCGAAGGAAGAAAGCGGGUGUGGCUGAGCAGAGCUGCACCCUCAGGGACUGGCGGGGGCAUGGGCGAGGGCGGGCACUAGCACUUUCUCAGAAACCCCACAGGGGCCCUUCCAGACUUUCUGGGCCAGGAGAGGAACCUGGGUCGCCGCUUCAUGGGGAACAGUGGUGCGGCGGGAGGCGAAGCCAUUCGGAUAACAGGACAAGCUCGGAAGGUCCGCGGUGACCCAGGGGAGGAGGGCUCGGCACCAAUUUCCCACCGUGGUUUUGGUUUUGGUUUUGGUCACACGGGCCUGGGACGGGAGGGGGAAACGCAGCCUCAUCGGGGAUGCUUCGGGGAGGGGGGUCGCUGCUUCCAGGAGCCCGCGCUGGCCUGGGCCUCUCACGGAGGGGUGGGGGAUGACGGCGGCGGUCUCCCGGGAUGGUGCUCUCACCUGUGGCUUUGAAGAGUCCCUCGGAGGCUGUAGGAUUUGGGGGUGGCGCUUGGCAGCCCGGGUCUGGGCACCUGGAGGGUCCUCAGAAAGUGGUGGUUUCCUCUCUCCUGGGCUGGUUUCUUUCCCGGGCGACGGGCAGGAGCGGGUUUCACGCGCUCCCCUUAGUCCCCUCUGUGGUCUGCGCGCCCUCCCUGCUCAAAGCUCCGCGGUGGCCGGGCCUGUGGUGUGAGCCCGCCUUCCCAGCUGCCGCUCGCCCGGCCACGGAGGUCAGGGCCGGGCCAUGUGUCUCCCCGCUGUCAGGAGCCAGGGAAUACGCCCGAAGUGCUCAUGGAGGGACCUUUCCUCCUCCCUCCCUGCCUGCCUCCCCCCUUUUCUUUCUCUGUCGUCGUAGGUGGGUUGGGGCUGCGGGACAGGAGAAGGAGGCUGCAGACGAGAAUUUUAAGACUUUGUUUUCGUGGCGUCAGCACGGUUCCAGGACUUCUGUGUGUGUCUCGUGCUGUGACCAGAACCCCCUUAGGUGUGUCCCUCCAAGGGACACAGGUUUGUCCUGCAAGGAGAUGUUCUUGACGAGACCAUAGAAGUCUUGGCAGGACCCGGAGGUGGGAUGAACCCUCCCCCCUGGAAGGGUCCCCGCAGAAGCGAGGGAGGGAGGGAGCGAGCCAGCCUGGGCACUGCCGGCCACCCCGGAGCCCUGAGCCCCAGCCACCACGGCGGGUGUGAGCCAGAGCGCUGGGCUUCUCCGUGCGACACGCGUGCCUCUGGGCUUGUGCACACCGCAGCCGAGUGGCCGCCUGUGCCGCCCUGACCCCUUGGGAACCAGAAGGCGCGGGCGGGAUAAGGCAGGGCUUUAGGAAGAAGGGCUCACCAGUGGGUCGUCUGCCCGAGUCCCAUAUGGUAACCGGCAGCUGCAAGGCGAGGCCGGUGGUCACGGGGCAUCAGACCGCAGCCCGAGAGCGGGAAACUGGGUCUCUCCCACGUGUACAAGUUCCCUGUGCUCUCCGUCCUCUUCUGUGCAAACCUCCCCUCUUCGUCCAUCACUUGGGAGCUGUGGCCAGCGUUCGGCUCUGCUCCUGGGGGAAGGGGACAGAUGGGGUCCCGAGCCAGACAGGUGCGCGGGCCCCUCCAGGGGCCUGGUUCCCACAGCCACGCGAGGCCGCCACGGUUAAGCCCUUCAGUAUUUCAGGGGUCGGGUAGAGAGGACCCGGCGCACAUCGUUGUGUGAACAGCGGUAUUUACAGCUUUGCUUUGUGCUCCUGCUGCUACACGUGUUUUUGCUACACGCGCUGCCCGUCUUCCUCGGAGAAGUCUGCUGUGGACGGGAGUGUGGCCGGCGCGCAGGUUCAAGAAGUAAGGGGCCGGUUUUCCUCCAGCGAGAUGUGUGCAUUUUGUUAGAAAAUUACUACUUCGACCAUAAGCAUAGUCAUCGAUCUCUUAGUCCUGACUUUUAACAGCGGCUGGAGCCCCCACCAGCCUACUUCUCGGUUCCUUAGCGCUUUAAAAUUUCAGUAGCCGCACACUUGAACCUGCUGGAUGCAACUCAGGUGACCCGGAGGCCCGUUCUCCCAUUAGGAGGUGCUUCCUCUAGCGUAAAAGAUGAUUUCUCGGGUUGUAGCCUGAGUCCGUUCAGUUUUCUUCCAAGAAACUGCUUCGGAGUCCAGUGUCCAGGUUUGGUUUGCUUCUCCUGGACCCACAGCCA